UAAACAAAAAAAGAGUAGAGAAUUGAAGGGAGAUGAGUGACACAGGCAUUGCUGAAAGAUGGAAGGUUCUAAGUGGGAGUGAUAACUGGGAAGGGCUACUGGACCCUUUGGAUUCGGAUCUCCGCCGCUACCUCAUUCACUACGGAACCAUGGUUUUACCCGCAAGCGAGGCUUUCAUAAACGAAGCAGCUUCCAAAAAUGUGGGAUUAUCACGAUAUGCCAGGAGAAACCUCCUUGCCAACUGUGGACUAGUGAAGGGAAACCCUUUCAAAUAUGAAGUGACCAAAUACUUCUAUGCACCAUCAACAAUCACAGUCCCAGAUGAUGAGUAUACCGUGAGGCCAGCGCGAGUGGAUGCAGUGCUAAAGGAAUCAAACUGGAUCGGAUAUGUUGCUGUGGCCACGGAUGAAGGAAAAGUUGCUUUGGGACGGAGAGACAUUCUGAUUGUUUGGAGGGGAACAAGGCGAGACUCUGAGUGGAAUGCCAAUUUAACAUUCGUUUUUGUUAAGGCGCCAUUAUUCUUUGGCCAAGACUCUGAACCGCUGGUGCAUAAGGGUUGGUACGAUAUGUAUACCACCAUCAAUCAAGAUUCCCAAUUGAAUGACAAGAGUGCCAGAGAUCAGAUUCGUGAAGAAGUUGCAAGACUUGUUGAGUUAUACAAGGACGAGGAAGUUAGCAUAACCGUGACAGGACACAGCUUGGGUUCAUCCAUGGCAACACUAAACGCAGUAGACCUGGCUGCUAAUCCAAUCAACAAUAAUAAUAAAGAUAUUCUUGUCACUGCUUUCUUGUAUGCAAGCCCCAAAGUAGGGGAUGAGAAUUUUAAAAAUGCCAUUUCUAAUCUACAAAACCUUCGAGCCUUGCGAGUCUCCGACGUCAACGAUAUUGUUACAGCAGUUCCGCCGUUUGGAUGGCCAGAUGGUGGUAACCUACUGCCAUUAAUACCUUACGUAGAUGUGGGGGAGGGUAUUGCAAUUGAGUCUAAGAAAUCCGACUAUUUGAAGCCUGAAAUUGAUAACCUGUUAACUCACGACUUGAUGCUUUACAUGCAUGCAAUUGAUGGAUUCCAGGGGUCUCAAGGUGGGUUUGAGCGUCAGGGAUACUUCGAUCUUGCCAAAGUUAAUAAGUACCAGGGUGCUUUGAAAGACGAGUAUCGUAUACCGGUGGGAUGGUUUAGCGUAAAGGAUAAUGGAAUGGUUCAGCAGGAGGACGGAACUUAUAUUCUUGAUGAUCAUGAGCCGGAUGAGACAUUUUAAACAGAAACAGAUUCGUGUAUGUGUGUUUGUAUCAAGUCUUCAUGAAGACCUUUCUAU